GGCGAAAGGGGGUGGGGAAGAGGCGAGGGUACGCAUCAAUUUGUACAGUCUUCAGUUGGCACCCCUGUUUUUUUUUUCCUGCACCGAACAGAAAGAGAUUUCUCCUGCAUUAUUGUUAUGGUCGGAGCCCGUUGCAAUAUGAGCCAGCACGAGCCUCUGUUGACAGACGCCUGGGCUCGGAGGUGUGCGUGUCAGCGUGCAACAUAAAACGACAAAACAGAGGCAGAGAAAGGAAGGCGCGAGCGGAGCACGCAUCGCUGGAUAUUAUAGGUGUCGGUAGCUCGCGUGGUGUAGGACACGGUCCGGUCAGUCAGCAACGGGAACCAGUUCAGUGCCUGCAAUGGCCUGUGUUGUAAAAUGGACGCUAUAGAGAAGAAAUAAUGAAAACACGGACGCACAAAGAAUUGAUGCCCGUGCGCAGUGGGCGCCGGCGGGGGGCGAGCGAGGAGAGAAGGGGCAGACGCCCGCACCCCAGCCCCACUCGCCCAGAACGCAACGACCGGCAGACGCAAAGAGGUGCUGCUGAGGAAUUGGCUGGAAAUCGCUUCAGUCGCAGAUCACAAGGGCAUGAUUCAUCAGAGAGUGAGGGGGAGGAACUUGUGUCUCCUCCAAAGAGGCAGAAAGUUCAGGAUUCAGCCUCUACCCCAAACCCUCCAACAUCAACACACACGACUGACAGCUCGGCUCCUUCCACCAUCCCACCUCCAACCUCCAUUGCCAACCAAUCCCGUGAGAGUGACAACGAGGACGGCCAAUCCCAGGGCAGCAGGAGUUCCGUUGUAGGGAGCCUGGCGAAUAGCAGCAGCAGUCUGAGCAGUGGGCGGGACAUAGACCAGGACAAUCGUUCCUCGUCCCCAAGUCUCUCUGCUUCCCCUCUGGGAAGCUUGGACUCCGACUCCGACGGGCCCGAAUCACCAAAGCAAGGAGAGAGGGAGAAAUGCAAGGAGGGAGGAGCAGGGAAGGCUGCGGCAGAGGACAGGAGAGUGCUCCGAGAGGGGAGAGGGGAUGUGGAGUCGUGUGGAGAUGGAGAAAAGCGGGAUACAGAUGCAAGAAUUGAAGACUGCUCUCCUGUUAAGCCUCCUCCUUCUACCCCGUGCUCUUCCUCUGGUCUGGCUCCCUCUCUACGCGCAGCAGGCGAUUCAUCAAAUGACAGCAAUAGCGGGAGAAAGUCCUAUUUCUCCCUGGACUCCAAAUUGAUGUGCAAAGUGGAGUAUGGUGUCGACGCUGCACUUAGCGGCAACAGAAUUAAUUCCAAAGCCAGCACACAGUGUGUGACCAAGACAACUGUUUCGGGAGGAGAUUUCUCCCAUAACAGCCCCAACAUUCCCCACUCCAUGCCCCUUUCUCUUCCUCCCCCACCGGCCCUGAAGCCUUUGGAACUUGGGGGACAGAACCUGCCGGCAGAAGUUAAGCCGGAAAGAGACAAAACAGAAAAGACAGACAAACUUCUGGACAAACCUCAGUCCACUCCCCCGUCUCUGUUGCCACAGACCGGCCCCCAGCCACAGUCCCAACCUCAGAACCAAACAUCCGCCCAUCCUCACCACUACAGCUGGCAGGGUGGCACUGCCACUGGUUGCCAGGGGAGCUGGGGCUACACCCGUUACCCUAGCAACCACCACUCACACCAACCCCAGCAUCAGCCCCCUGUGCAGCAACAGCAACUUCCCUCUGUUUACAACCCUCCGUCCUCUCGCCACUCCUCCUCCCACCCCUCUUACCUCCCCCAUCCUCACCCCCACCCCCACAGAGAGUACCUUCCCAGGUACGCUGGAGGGGGAGGGGACAGAGAGAGGGGGGCUGCAGGAGAGAGGGAGAGGGGAGUGAGGGGGGAGUGUGGGGGGAGGGACAUCAACAGGGAAUUCUCUGCUCCUAUUGGCAACAACAACACCAAUACUAGUGGGGGUAACAGCAACAGUGCUUGUGGUGGGAUGGGUGGACCUAACAGCAUCCAAAACAGGGAAUUUGGGGGUCUGUCCGUAGGUCAGGGUCGGGACUUCCAAGGUUCUGGAAGAGAUGGACCUAAUUUGGGACCUGAAAGAAGAGACUUUGGUCCAACAUUUAGAGACAGAGAGAGAGAAAGGGAACGUGAAGGAGGGAGGGAGUUCCCUCUGCCAAACCAAAACCAGACUAGAGACUUUGGCCCCAAUGGAACGGGAGGGGGUCAUAGUAGAGACAAAGAUGGAGGCAGAUGGAGUGAGUUUGGGGGCCAGACAAGAGAGGUUGUAGGCAACAGUAACCCAAACAGCAGCUCCGUUCCCCAGGGACACCCCCCAAGUUCAACCAGCGGGUUACCUGUCACACCCAUGCUAAACAGAGACCCACCUGCAUCCCCUCAAAACAACUCCAGUCACCCCUCCCAGCCUCCACACUCCCACCCACACCCCCCAAACUCAUCCAACCGAGACUUCCCUCCUCCUAUGGACCCACCACAAACCCCCUCCUCUGGAGCAGACCACUUUCACCGAGAGUAUCCACCCACUGGAGGAAAAGACUUUCCUGCUGGUGCGCCUCCUUCCACUGGCACAAAUCGAGAGUAUCUAAAUUCUCCUGGGGUGAAUCCCAACCUAGGACGGGAGUAUCCAGGGCCUGGAGGAACCCAACACCCUCACCCACCUCACCCCCACUACCAGCCUGGACCCAGGGACAGAGAACGGGACUCAAAUCUGCGAGAGUCUACUUUGUACCAAAACCGUGGAGGCCCAAAUCAACCUCCUGCACUCUCUCCUUCCUCCUCUUCCAGUCAUCACGGACACCCUUCCAAUGCUCCCUAUGCCCCUCCACCACCUCAGCCUCCUCUACCCCCUCCUCAGACCUCUCAUACCCAGCCACCCUCAUCAGGUAUGGUGCCCAACGUGCGACCCUCACACUAUCAGUCGUCUGCCCAGACUCCUCCAACACCUCUAUCGCCCUUACCGAGCCCAUCCACCAACCAGAUGGGAGCCUUUUCAUCCUUUCCCCCUGGUUCCUCCUCUGCGCCCAACAUGCCACUUCCUGGUGCAGGUGUGUCAUCAAGCUGUUCACCUGGAUGUCGACCCUCCCCCUUCCAUGGCACUUUGAGCAGCCACACUCCAUUCAGUGGAGCCUAUCACUCCAACGGGAACAGUGGCAGCAACAUCAACAGCAAUAGCAACAGCAGUGCACCGAGCAAUAGCAGCUCACAGUCGCUUUCGCCUCAAAACGUGUCCAAAGGACCUCCGGGUUUAAGUAUCUCUGUCAACAACAACAGCAACUCGGUCCCUUCCUCCAGUUCUUCAAUGCCGAGUGGAGACGGGCAUGUGGAUUCUGGUCCACCUCCAGCACCUGUCAUCAAAGAAGAGCCAAUAGAAGAGAGGGAAGAGAAUGAAAGCCCACCCCCAGUGUUGAGAAGUCCCUCUCCUGAACCCAAAGCUGUAGACAUUCCCAUCCAUGCCAGCCAAUCAGCACGGUUCCACAAGGUUCUUGACCGUGGCAGCGGGAACUCCUGCGCCCGCAGCGACGUCCUCUUUGUACCGUUAGAUGGCUCCAAACUGUGGAAGAAGAGGAAUGAGAUGAUCGAAAGGGCUCGUAGGGAGGUCGAGCAGCGAGCCAGAGACCUCAGAGAAAAAGAGAGAGAGCGAGAGAGGGAGCGUGAGCGCGAGAGGGAGUUGGAUCGACAUCUGCAGCAGCAGAAGGACAUCAGCGCUGCUGGAGGGGGUCGCCCGAGCUCCUCGCUCUUCUUCCCCUCCUCUUCGUCCAUCAUCCUCGACCCUUCAUCCUCCUGCCCUUCUUCCUCGGCCAACCCCGUCUCCCACCCUCCCCCGCACCCCCAGCAUCAUCCCACACAUCCACAUGCCCACCUUCCUCCAGCAAACCACCUCCACCCCUCCCUCACCCACUCCAUCCCUCAUUCCCUCCUCCUGCCAGCCAUGGGCGGGGCAUCGGCAGUGGUUGGAGGGCCACAGGGGGCCCUAGGUAUAGGUCUAGGAGGUCCUUAUUUGGGCCCUGAUACCCCAGCACUUAGAACCCUUAGCGAGUAUGCUCGCCCUCAUGCCAUGUCUCCUCUUGGGGCAGCAAGUCGUGCCCAGGCACACCACCCACAGGUUCACCAUGGCCAUCCCCAUGUGCACCCCUCAUUCUUCCUUCCACAGUUCCAAAAUCAUGCUUUGGGACACCCACACCACCUGCCUGCGGAUGCAGCCACAGCAGCAGCCAUCUUAGGCUUUUUGUAUGGCGGCGGCCUGGAAGGUGGCCCAGGUGUAGGCCACCCUGGAAUGGCAGGGGGUCCAGUUCCUGGAGGGAUUGGGGGCGUGGGGUUAGGGGGAGUGGGCUUCCCUCAUGCCAUGGCUGCACAUCGAGAUAGAAUAAAGCCGGGAUUUGAGUUUAAGAGUGACGAGCGGGUGUACCCACCGGGGUCCAUGCCUGAUCCUGCAGCUCUUGCUCUUGCUCACUCGCAUUCACACGCUCAUGCCAGUUCUCAUGCACAUGCACAUUCCCUGCUGCUUGGAGGAGCAGUGGGACCUACCGAAGUGGCACUCUAUGGCACUCCUCCCCCAGCUCCUCCCGGCCCACCACAACUCCAGAACCCAAACCUGCCUCCCGUAUCCCGACCCCCAAACCCUCCUGUCCCGCAGUCUUUGUCAAAUCCACCUCCUUCCUCUCUUCUCCCGCCUUCUCUCCCCUCUCACCCUUCAUCUGCGCCACCGACUGCACCCCCACCCCCGGCAGCCCCCACUGCGCCUCCGCCAGUUCCUCCACCGUCUGCUCCACCAACCUCCAGUGCUGCCUCGCUUCAUCACCCAGUUCCCCAUUCUACUUUUCCCAGCUCCCUGUCCUCUCAUCUGCCACCGGCCCCUGCCCCGGCCGCUCCCCCUGAGACCUACCCCACACCCACUCGCUCUCCUGCCUCCUUUGAGCGAGAUAGGAGUGGGGACAGAGAGCAGGAAAGGGAGAGAGACAGGGCACCUUUGUCAGCCUUCGGGGACAGGGAGCGGGAAAGAGAGAGGGAGCGAGAAAGGGGAGGAAGUGGUGGAGGAGGCGCAGGUGGAGGGGCGAGUGGCGGAGGAACAGGUGGAGGGGAGAACCUGGGGCGCCUUCAGAUGCUAAACGUGACGCCUCAUCAUCACCAGCAUUCACACAUCCACUCACAUCUUCACCUACACCAGCAAGACACAGCGGCGGGCGGGGUUCACCCCCUGAUGGACCCACUGGCGUCGGGGUCUCCUUUGGCUCGACUCCCGUAUCCAGGGGCCACACUAGGCACCCCCAUCCUGGCUCACCCCCUCACUGACAGCGAGGUGCUCCGCCAACAGCUGUUUGGUGAGGAGAAGGCUCCUCGUCCAUGCGCUCCUUUCCGUGACCUGCCCCAGCCUUCCUCACUCACUGGUCCCAUGUCAGCAGCCCAUCAGCUCCAGGUCAUGCAGCAGGCCCAGAGCGCAGAGCUGCAGAUCCAGAGACUAGCCCUGGAACAACAGUGGAUCCAUCACCACCACCACCACUCCCUGACCCAGGACGAGUAUUACAGUCACUUGAAGAAAGAAAGUGACAAGACCCUGUGAGGGAGGGGCGCUACGACGAGCAGCAUGGAGACAAGCCGGGGACAACGCGCGCGGGAAUGACGUGAGGCGAAAGCGGUGGGAAGAAGGAAGGCCCUCGAAAGUAGAACCUGGAAUAAUGGACAGGGAAUCCACUGAGGGAAAGGGAUGGACAACAGAGGGAGGAGGGUGCGAAGUGUUGCGCACGGUCCAACCUCCAGCACCUCCCUGCAUAACGUUCCCCCUCCCCAGUCCUGUUUUGUAUCGUGCUCUGUACAGUAUAUUAGAUGGGGGCGACAUUAGUGAAGUCCAGUCUGUGUAAAAUACUUGAUGCCAGAAGGAAUGUGUACAUGAGUCUCUUUUAUGUCAUUGCAUGUAGCUAGGCGCUUAUUCUGAACUGGUGGAACUUUUGGUUCUAUUUUUAGUAAUUGCCCCCUCUUUUGUAUCGGAGGGGUGUUCUAUAUGCAUGAGACCAGCAAUUUAGUGUUAUGUUUAUGAUCAAUAGUAUUGUUAUUAUGAUUAAUGUGGUCUGUUUGUUGAUAAUGAUAUAAUUAUAUAUACAGUACAUAUUAUUUGUAUUAUUUUUUUACAUUUUCAUGGUAUGGCAGUCGGUUUUUAUUUUUAUUUUUUUUUUCAAUUUUCCUUGUGAAACAAGAUGCAAAUGAAGGCAAAAAAAUCGGGAAAUAAAUUAUAAUCUUUUUUGCUAGUC